AAAACUCUGAUUACUACGAGAAAUAAACGUGAUAAGCUAGCCGUAAAAAAUCGCCUUGUCACGCCACAGCCAAGGCGAUCUGCGGGGUCCGAGGGGCAACGCACGUUUCACAGGCUCCGCGACAAGAUGGUUCUGGUCUAUGGAUUUUAAAGAGAAAAAGUACAAAGAAAAAACGAAUAUGUGGUCUAAUUGCAAAGAGAGAGAAGGAGAGGGGGCCUCAGAGGCCCAUGGUCUGGGUGACGAACAGACUAAGGCUGCUGCCGCUAAGCAGCACCGCCAGCAGAAUCCUCGCCACCUUCUGCUGCUGCACCGCGCUCCAGCUGCCCGCCGUCGCAACCGCCGCCGUGCUUUCCACACGCUUGCUCUCCGGCGCCUUGGCGAUCUCCCCGCCCACGCACUGCACUAUCUUUGUGCUGCCUGCAUCCGCCUGCCUCUGCUCCACCUUUCCCCCAGUCUGCCCGAUCGCUCCAUCUUCGCUCUUGGGCUGCAGGUAUUUCUCCGACGCCCGCGACAGCGCGCUCAUCACGCUCGACGCAUUCUGCACCACCAUAUGCAGCUCCUCCAGCUGCUGCCGCGCGCGCUCCCGCGCCUCGGCUGCCGUCCGCACCUCUGCCCGCUUCGCCACCGGCGACUCCAGCGGCUUCUGCCCCAGGAUAAACUGCAGACGGUCCAGCGCCUGCGGCGCCUCCGGCAUCGGGCCCUGGUGCCGGAACGCAUACGGCUUCUUUGCUUGUGUUGGCGCCAUGCCGCCCAGCGGCGGAAUCCCCGUGCCCCUGGGUGUGUGGUGGGUGGCCAGCACGCUGGCGAACCGCCGGCCCUGGCGGCCUGGUGUGAGGCGGGGCAGGGAAAGGGCUGUGCGAGUAAACUGCGACAUUAUUAGGCGUAGUAAUGGGUAUAGUAGUGUGGGUGCUUAGGUUGUGUGAAAUGAAAAACAAAAGCGAGUCAUAGAAUGCUGGGAAGAGGACGGAGCCGGUCCUUUAUAGGCAGCCUUUUCCACGCUAUAGGCGGGACUGUAAGAAAUAUUUUUGGCUCAUCACCCCACUGGAAGGAGAAAAGCCUGGGCGACAGGGGCUUUUGAUUCGUCUACACGCCUAUCAUUGCCCGGCAAACAGAAAUAUCUUGGGGCAUGAUUUCUCUACAUUUUUCAUUCAGUGGUCAUGCG